AUGGAACUAUUCGGAUUGUCCAGCAGCAUCAUCACUCCGUACAUUCCGCCGGCAAUUGCCACGCUGGCCGUCCUCCUCGUCCUUCUCGAACAAAUCACUUACCUCCGCAAAAAACGGUUCCUCCCCGGCCCCGCCCUCGUCCUCCCCUUCCUCGGCGGCGCCCUCUCCAUGGUCCGCGACCCGACCCGCUUCUGGUCCCGCCAGUCCUCCUACGCCGCCUCCUCCCCCCUCGGCAUCUCCGCAAACUACCUCGCCGGACGAUUCAUCGUCUACCUCCGAUCCCCCGACGCUUCCCACCUCGUAUUUUCCAACGUCCGCCCCGACGCCUUCCACCUCGUCGGCCACCCCUUCGGCCGCCGCCUCUUCGGCGACCACAACCUCAUUUACAUGUUCGGCGCCGCCCACAAGGAUCUCCGCCGCCGCAUCGCCCCAAACUUCAACCCACGCGCCCUCCGCUCCUACGCCGCCGCCCAGCACAGCGUCAUCCUCCGCCACCUCGCCGCCUGGUGCGGCGCCAGCGACGCCGCCGUCCCCCUCCGCAUCCCCUGCCGAGAGAUGAACCUCGAGGCGUCGCAGACGGUUUUCGUCGGGCCCUACCUCGACGCCGCCGCCCGACGCCGGUUCAACGAGGACUACAACCGGUUCAACGCCGGACUCAUGAGCCUCCCCGUCGACCUCCCAGGUUUCGCCUUCCGGGAGGCCCGACUGGCGGUCGGCCGGCUGGUCGACACGCUGGCCGGCUGCGCCGAGGAGAGCCUCCGGCGCAUGCGCGCCGGAGGUGAGCCGGCCUGCCUCGUCGACUUCUGGAUGCAGGAGAAUCUCCGGGAAGAGGCCUCCGGCGACGCCUCCGGCGGCGCCUCCGCCGCCAGCUGUCGGGAGAUCGGCUCCCACCUGUUUGACUUCCUGUUCGCUUCCCAGGACGCGUCCACGUCUUCCCUCCUGUGGGCGGUGGUGUACCUGGACGCCCACCGGGACGUCCUGGCUCGGGUGAGGGAGGAGGUCGACGCCGUGUGGGGCCCACGCGGCGGCGCAGCCGCCGCCUCCGCCGCCGUCUCGGUGGGGGAGCUGAGGUACACGGAGGCGGUGGCGCGUGAGGUGGUGAGGAUCAGGGCGCCGGCGACGAUGGUGCCCCACGUUGCCGGGGAGGAUUUCCGGCUGGCCGGGGACUACGUGGUGCCGAGGGGGACGAUUGUAUUCCCGUCGGUUUACGACGCGUGCCUGCAGGGGUUCGAGGAGCCGGAGCGGUUCGACCCGGGGCGGUUCAUGGAAGAGGAGCGGAUGAACCGGAAAAAUUACCUGGCGUUCGGAGCCGGAGCACACCAGUGCGUGGGGCAAAGGUACGCGAUAAACCAGCUGGUACUGUUCGUGGCAUUAUUCGCGAGCCUGGUCGAGUUCCGGCGGGACCGGACAGAAGGGUGCGACGAGAUCGCGUAUGUGCCGACGAUCGUGCCCAAGGACGAUUGCCGGGUAUUCAUCUCGCCGAGAGGCGGCGCUUUUCCGUCGCUGUCGUGA